AAUUGCGCCACAGCAUCAACAGUAAGCCGCCAGCUGUCAAGGUGUAACGACGUAUCUUGAUAUCAUUGCUAGUAACACGAUAAAAAUAAUCAAACUAAUUGCCAAAGAUACAAAAGUUUAUUUUAUUUUUAACAAAAUUACAUCGUGCAUUUUGAUAAAGUGGAAUAAUAGUGAUAUUAACAUGAUAUACGUAAUUGCUUUGUCGAUAAUAGCGGGAGCUCUAGGUCUUUAUUAUUAUUUCUUCAAAGAUUUGAAUUACUUUAAAAAACAUGGCAUAGUGCAUAUUCCACCUCUUCCUAUACUGGGAAAUAUGGCACCAGGAAUUCUUCAUCGCAAGCCGCCAGCCGAACACAUUACGGAAAUUUACAAUCUGCAUUCUGAAGCGAAAUACAUCGGCAUGUAUGAUUUGUUAUGUGCUCCAAUUAUAUUGCUACGAGAUCUCGAGCUUAUUAAAUCCAUUACGUUGAAACACUUUGAUAUGUUCCCGGAUCAUCGCGGCUUGGUAGAAGAUGAAACGCAAGAUCCAUUAUUUGGUAAAAAUCUUUUCUUUCUUCGCGGAGAGAAGUGGCGACAGGUACGAGCUUUACUGAGCCCAGCCUUCACGUCUAGCAAAAUGAAAAAUAUGUUCAAAUUAAUGUCAGAGUGCGGUGCCGAUUUCGGCACGUUUUUGGCGCAAUUGCCACCAGAACAGAGGAUGAUGCAAAUGAAAGAUGCCUUUAAUAGGUAUACUAACGACGUGAUUGCCACUUGCGCUUUUGGCAUCAAUGUAGAUUCUAUGAGAAAUCCAAAGAACGAAUUUUACGUGUAUGGAAAAGAGGCGACUACUUUCGACAAUAUUGCCUUCGUAUUAAAAAUAUGCACAUUCAGGCUCUUACCUUGGCUGGCGCGAUUAAUAAAAUUGAGAUUGAUUCGUCAGAAAGUAGCAGACUUCUUCCGAGAUCUCGUGAAAAUCACCAUAAAAACUAGGGACGAGAAGCAUAUUGUUCGGCCUGAUAUGUUGCAAUUGAUGAUGGAAAAUAGGGAUAAAGAAGGGAAGAUAGAAUUGUCUAUCGAAGAUAUGGUAGCACAAGCGUUUAUCUUUUUCUUCGGUGGCUUUGAGACUACUUCAACGUUAAUGUCUUUCGUUGCUCAUGAAAUCGCUGUAAAUCAGGAUGUUCAAGUAAAACUUCAAAAUGAGAUCGAUCGGGUCUUGGAAGAAAAUAAUGGACAAGUACUUUACGAAGCUGUUAACGCUAUGGAAUAUUUAGACGCUGUGAUCUGCGAAGCUCUUCGAAUGUAUCCGGUUCUUGUGGUAGUAGACAGAGUAUGCGUAAAAGAUUUCGAGUUACCGCCGUCAUUACCAGGAUUGAAACCUUUUACUAUAAAGAAAGGACAGAGUGCAUGGAUACCGAUUUACGCACUUCAUCACGAUCCUAAAUAUUUCGAAGAGCCGGAAAAGUUUGAUCCCGAACGAUUUCUUGGCGAGAAGAGGAAGGAUAGUCUCAAUUGCGGAGCCUACCUUCCUUUUGGCCUUGGUCCCAGAAUGUGUAUAGGUAACAGAUUCGCAUUGCUGGAGACGAAGGUUUUGCUUUUUCAUCUAUUAGCCCGUUGCAACUUAAAAACCUGCGAGAAGACACCGAUACCAAUUAAACUCGGUAAAGGUGGCUUCACUAUAAUGCCUGAAGGUGGUUUCUGGCUGAAUGUGGAACCAAGGAACAAUACGCAUCGCUCUCUUGCAACUAAUUCAAUCAAUUGAACACAUUAGACGUAAGAGGAAAACAACAAAAGCAUAAAGAAACAGAACAUUUUCUUGUAAAUUUUUGGAUAAGGAAAUGUUUACGUUAUUUCAAAUUUAGAAUAUAAGGAUAUCAUUCUAUCAGGGACAUUUUGCGAAUUUUAUUAUCUUAUCUUUAUUAUCUUAUGCUUCUAAGAAAAUUGCCAAAAAAAAUAUGACGUCAAGCAGUAAUUGGCAGAUUAUAUUUUAUUUCUUAUCUGUACCGCUAUCUAUGCUAUCUGCUUUGUAAUGUAACCUUUUUUUUAUAAUAUUUGUAUUUAUUAUUAUUAUUUGUUCAAUUAUUAUUAAGCGCAAUAAUUUUUUGUAUUUUUCUUAUGAUAUUUUGUUUUAAAAAAAUAUUUUUAUAACUUUUAUAUUGAGUAAAGAUUUUUAUAGACUAAAGAUAGAAAUGCUUCGAAAAUAUUAUUAAGAUAAGUAAUUACAUAACUAUAUAAUAAAAAUUAAAAGUUUAUUUACAUAGAAAAUGUAAAAACAAUACAUUAUAAACAAUGACAUUAUAAUAGAAUGCAUUUAUAUAUAUAUAUAUAUGUGUAUGUAUAAAAUAUAUGUAUAAAAUAUAUUUUUACAUUAUCUUUGAAUGUACGCUUUCUGUUUGAUUACGCUUGUUUCAUCGAAUUGACGUCUAAAAAUUAUGAUAUAAAACAUGUCGCAGUAAAUCAUCAUAAUUUGAUGUAAAAAUUGUAUUAAUUCAUGAAAAAUUUAAUAAAUAUAUUGCACAAUGAAA